AUGCUCGGCCGCUGGGACACCCACCCCCUGACCGACCUGACGGGCCUCUUCGUCGCCUGGAAGGCCUUCCUGCUGGCCAUCGCCGCUGGGACCUCGGUGGGGCCCAGAUACGAUACCUCCGGCAGCCUCCUCGACCUCGGCCGCCAUGGGGCGCCGGCCUUGCCCCUCCUCGUCCAGAGGCUGAUGAGCUGGGACGCCUUCUACUUUGUCCAGACUGCCCGCCGCGGCUACCUCUUUGAGCAGGAAUGGGCCUUUGGCACCGGCCUGCCCAUCCUCAUAAACUCCAUCCAGAAAGGGCUCGGCUUCUUCGGCCUGGGCCGGGACGCGGUCGACGCAGCGGUCGUCGCCGUCGCCGUCGCCAACCUGUCGCACCUCCUGGCCGUCCUGGCCCUGUACCGGCUCGCCAAGGUCCUGACCCGCGGCGACCGGAAGCUGGCCUUCGUCGCCGCCUGCCUGCACGUGCUGUCCCCGGCCGGCGUCUUCCUGUGCGCGCCCUACGCCGAGAGCACCUUCGCCCUGCUCACCUUCGCGGGCUACCUGGCCUUCUGCGCCGGCGUCCUGAGCGGCUCGUGCGCGGCGCGCGCGGCGCUGACCGUCGCCUCGGGCGCCCUCUUCGGCCUGGCCACGGCCUUCCGCUCCAACGGCGUGCUCAACGGCGUGCUCUUCGCCGUCUUCGCCCUCGACGCCGCCGGGCGGCUCGUGCGCAAGAGGCCGUCGUCCCGGUCCCUGCCGGCGCUCGUCGACCUGGCCGCCCUCGGCCUCGGCGGGGUCCUGGUGGCCGCGGGCACCGUCGCGCCGCAGUACGUCGCCUACCGGCGGUUCUGCGUCCAAGGGGCCGCCUCCUCCGCGCUGGGCGCGAGGGAGUGGUGCGGCCACCGCGUGCCGAGCAUCUACCACUUUGUGCAGGAAUACUACUGGGACAACGGCUUCCUCCGGUACUGGAAGACAUCCAACAUCCCCCUCUUCGUCAUGGCCGGCCCCACGGUCCUCGUCCUCCUCCGGUCCGGCGUCGUCACCCUCUCCCAGCCGAGGGCGGCGGAGGGCGGCCGCCCCCCCCGCGAGGCGCAGCAGCUCCUCGACGUGCUCUGGUGCAUGGCCGCCUCGCAGGUCGCGCUCGCCGUGCUCGCCGUGCUCAACCACCACGUCCAGAUCGUCGCGCGCAUCUCGUCCGGCCUGCCGCUGUGGUACCUGUGGCUCGCCCGGCGCGUCCUCCUCGAGGCCAAGGCGGGGCGGCCCGCCGCCGCCAACAACAUGGUCAUGUUCAUGCUCAUGUACGCCCCCAUCCAGGCUGCUCUAUUCGGCGCUUUUCUCCCCCCGGCCUAG